AUGAAUGCGUCACAAGUCAUGGUACUUAAACCAGGUCAAUUCAAAGUUAAGGUGUUAUCUGUUCUGUUGAAACCGGCAUCAUGGCCGGAGAUAACCAUGACGUUAAGUGAAGAUAAAGCCGGGAUUACUUUUUUGUUUGGUGAUGAUCAAAUAAUCUUUCCUUUUGGAUCAUUCACAGGACUGCCCUGGUUACCACCUUUGGAAAACAAUAUGCGAUUUGGAUUUUUGGGUCUUACUAAUGUAGACAUCUUUGUCGAGUUUAAAAGUCAUGAAGAUUUACUUGAUGCUCACAGAUUGCUAAAGAACAAAUAUUUGGUCAGUUCUCAGUUCACAUCUCCAAUAUUAUCUCCUCAUGGUAAUGUCACGAAAAAUAUGGACUCUGGAAAAUCUGCUUCCUCGUUAGACUCUACAAAAAACGAGAUGCCCUCUCAAGUCAACCAAAGCGUUGUAUGGAAGCCAUCAUUGAAGAGAAUCAAAAAGUCAUUCAAUUUGGAUGCAGAACAAAAUGCAGCAGAAACCGAAGAUCUUUCGACAGAGGCCUUCCCACGAUUAUAUCGGAAACUUCUGGGUAGAUUUGCGAAUCUUGGUAACACGUGCUAUAUGAAUUCUAUUCUGCAAGGCUUGUUUGCUAAUUGGAUUUUUGUGAAAGAGCUUUAUAAAUUUUGCAUGAAAAUUGAAGAGCGUGGCUUGAAUUUGGAUGAAGAAAUGCCUUUGAGUCUAGUAGUUGCCAGUCUUGCAAGAGGACGGGGUAACACUAUAAGUGAUUUGAAGAUAAAACUGCUAGAAGCAAUUCAAAGUACAGCCGAUUUCAUGGGUGAUGGACAACAGGACGCCCUCGAAUUCUUAGUUAGUAUUUUGGGUCACAUCGAAGAGGAGUGCGACGUGAUGUUGUGCGAACAAUAUGGCAUUCAGGAUAAACAAGAACGAAACACAAAAAAUCCUGUCACGUCGAAUUUUGCCUUCAUUAUAGAAUCCAGCAUAAAAUGCGACAGGUGCGAAGCUAUUACAAAAAAUGAAGAGCAAAGUGUCAUUUUGCCGGUCUCAAUCCAGAUGCUGGAACAAGAUAUUACUCGGUAA